AAUCUCAUCCCCAAAGGAGAUAACCAAUCAAUCUGUACACGUGUAUUCAUCUGACACCCUCCACAUAAACUCCGUCCACUCUUCCUCCGUGACCGUGACAUUGACCAAGCUCCUCUUAAAUAAAAUUCCCAAAAACAUUUGAAAAGAAUCAAAACCCAAAAUCCAAUUCCAAAUCCACACUCUCACUCUUUUACACAUAUUCUCGGAGCAAGUCUGGACCUCACAGAAACAGCACGAUCUCUAUGUGUUUGAUUUGUUGUCUGAGAGAAGAAAAACCAAGAGAUCUCAGAUCCAUAGAAAUUUGAUUUGAAACUUUUUUUUUGGGCAGAACCUGAAAAGUAAAACCAUGAAAGCUUUAACCAAUGGAGAAUUCUCCAAAGCCCCCAAGGUCAUAACCAUCGCUGCCUUUGCUUUCAUUUCGGUCACAUUCUUCUACUUGGGCAAGCACUGGUCCGAGGGCAACCAACAGCUUGUCUUCUUCACCACGCGCCAAACCCAUUCCGUCUCAAUCUCACCCAAUCAAGGAAUGUCCUUCAAUAUCUCAUCCAUGAUUUCGGCCGAUGAAACCGAGUCUUUCCCCGUGAAAUCGUUCUCUCCGGCACCGGUCACGUCGCGUCAUGUGGUAUCGCCGACAACUCCUCCUCCUCCUCCGCCGCCUUCGAUUAAGACGUUCGGAAUCGUGGACGAGAAUGGGACAAUGUCGGAUGAGUUCGAGGUCGGGGAAUUCGAUCAGGACGAGGUUGUGGAGAAUUGGGCGGCUGAGAAUGAGACCAAGGUCGGAGAGAAUGGAGGUAGCGAUUCGGGUAAGAUUAGUGUGCAGAAGUUUCAGCUGUGUCCGAGUAGUAUGAGCGAGUACAUACCUUGUUUGGAUAAUGUCAAGGCAAUCAAGAAGCUCAAAUCGACGGACAAAGGCGAGCGGUUCGAACGGCACUGUCCCGAACCGGGUCGGGGUUUGAAUUGCUUGGUUCCGGCACCCAGGAAUUACAGAAGCCCAAUCGCAUGGCCGAGAAGCCGCGACGAGGUUUGGUUCAGCAAUGUACCACAUAAUCGUCUAGUUGAAGAUAAAGGAGGUCAAAACUGGAUUUCUCGAAACAAGAAUAAGUUUAAGUUUCCAGGAGGUGGUACGCAGUUUAUACACGGGGCAGAUGAAUACUUGGAUCACAUUUCAAAGAUGAUUCCUGAUAUUGCAUUUGGUCAAAACACCCGAGUUGUUUUGGAUGUUGGAUGUGGUGUAGCGAGUUUUGGUGCUUAUCUGCUAUCGAGGAACGUCAUCACUAUGUCAAUAGCUCCCAAAGAUGUUCAUGAGAACCAGAUUCAGUUUGCUCUUGAGCGUGGUGUGCCAGCAAUGGUGGCAGCAUUUGCAACUCACCGGUUGUUGUAUCCCAGCCAAGCUUUUGACUUGAUACAUUGUUCACGCUGUAGGAUCAAUUGGACGCGAGAUGGUGGCAUAUUGCUGCUUGAGGUUAAUAGAAUGCUCCGGUCAGGAGGAUACUUUGUUUGGGCUGCUCAGCCAGUUUAUAAGCAUGAAGAAGCCCUUGAAGAACAGUGGCAAGAAAUGCUUAACCUCACUACUCGUCUUUGCUGGGAGUUUGUUAAAAAGGAUGGAUAUAUCGCAAUAUGGCGGAAGCCUUUAAGCAAUAGCUGCUAUCUAAACCGUGAAGAGGGAACUAAACCUCCAUUGUGUGAUCCAGAUGAUAACCCAGACAAUGUCUGGUAUGUUGAUCUGAAGGCAUGCAUCUCACCGCUUCCUGAAAAUGGUUAUGGAGCAAAUGUCUCAAAAUGGCCGGCACGACUGCAAACUCCUCCUAAUAGACUCCAGUCCAUACAAAUUGAUGCAUAUAUAUCUAGAAAUGAGCUUUUCAAGGCAGAAUCAAAAUACUGGAACGAUAAUGUAGAAGGCUUUGUUCGUGCUUUACAUUGGAAGAAGUUAAGAUUAAGAAAUGUAAUGGACAUGAAAGCUGGCUUUGGAGGAUUUGCAACAGCAUUGAUUGAACAGAAUUUAAAUUCUUGGGUUAUGAAUGUGGUUCCUGUUAGUGGGCCUAACACCUUGCCUGUUAUAUAUGACCGUGGGCUUAUCGGAGUUAUGCACGACUGGUGUGAGCCAUUUGAUACAUACCCCAGAACCUAUGAUUUAUUGCAUGCAGCUGGUCUCUUCUCUAUUGAGAAAAAAAGAUGCAAUAUCUCUUCAAUCAUGCUUGAGAUGGAUCGGAUACUGAGACCUGGUGGACGUGUUUACAUCCGUGACUCUCUUUCAAUCAUGGAUGAUCUUGUUACCAUAGCAAAUGCAAUGGGAUGGCAUGUAACGAUACGAGACACAAGUGAGGGUCCUCAUGCAAGUUAUAGACUCUUUACUGCUGAAAAACGUCUACUGCGCGCUUAAAGCAUAUUGGGAUUUAAGAGCAGAUUGUAUUUCAGAGAAUCCCAUUCAUGGCAAAGAGAAGAUUUGUAAGACAGAUUAAUGUCCUAACACCGUUGUUGAAGUGAUUGUAGAAGAUAGUUGGUGAACAUGUUUAGAAGAAAAUGAGAGUGGGAGAGAAGGAGAGAGGAAAUUGUUUUAUUUGUGUAUUUAAUUGAGGUGUGGAUAUUCGGGUCUUUGUCACAGUGAGUUUCAGAGAAGCCUUGUAAACUAAAUCAUCAUAGUAAGUUACGUGGUUGUUUAGCUAGUAGCCUACUGCUCCAAUUGAUAAAGAGUAGGUGAGAGUGAAUUCCAAUUUUUAUUUAAUGUGAACUUGUAAAUAUUGCACGCUACUAUUCCUCAUACUCUUCAAUUAAUUCUUACUCAAUUUUGCUUUCA